AUGAGCGCGAAGCCUCCCCCACCGCUGCUCAAAAAGGGGGGGCCGCCUCCCCUCAAAUCGGUGAAGCCCUUUCCCAAACCCUUCCUCAACCCUGCCUUCCUCGUGAAGCACAAGGGGAAGCUACCAGCGGUACUCCAGAAAGGAAAAUCAGACGAGACAGUGGAUGGUGGACAGAAUGGACAGGGCAGUGAGGAUCCCCCGAAAGCGAAAACAAUGGAAUCAAAAUUUAAGGCAAUCAAGCCGAAAAUAAAGGUUCCCGAAUCGAAGUUUAAGAUGAUGGGUGGGAAGCCAAAGGUAAUGCCUCCUCCCAAGGUUACCCUGGUUGGCGGUAAAGCGGCAGCGCUUGGUGCGGCUGCACUUAACGCCGCUGCACAUAGCGGCUCUGAAUCGGAGGAAAUGCCUCCAAAAGGAGCGGACCCCACCCUGAGGGCAGCCAAGUCGUUGAAGUCGAGCAGUACGAUGAAGUCAACCAAGUCAAUAAAAUCGGGGACGUUAAAAUUCGAUAAGGCACCCAAGGGGGCGAAGCCAAAAUGGAAGAUCCCCCAUCCGAAGCUCAAAGGAUUAGGAGAGAAGGCUAAUCCGGCAAGGGGGGAGAGUGAAAGGAACUCCCGCACUGUGGGAUUGACUUACCAAGCGGGGGUAGAAGCAGCUGGAAGUGUGCAAGAAGGGGAGAAUGAAGGAGAGCAGAAAAGGGAGCAGCAAAGGGAGAACGACGCGGAGAAAGAAGCGUAUCAGACAGAGUUAACGUUAAGAGGAGGCAAAUCGAAUGAUAAUGGCACCCUCGGGGCAAGGGACGAAACAGGCAGAAUCAACAGGAUGCUGCACAUGAGCAAGUAUCUUGACACAAGAAACGUUGUCCAUCAGUUGAGAGGUCAAGGGGUGAAUGCAGCGCAGAUAGUGAAGACAAAAGGGGGGGGUGAAAACAGUGCUUCUUCCCCUGGGGCAGUUGGGAAAGGAAAUCUCCCCCCACCUUCCUUUGCGAAGGAUGCGAAAAAGGAAUCCUAUUCGUUCGCUAAACAGGAGAACGUGGAGGUGAUGCACAAGUACAGUGUGUCCAUCUCGGAUGAAGUAACCGAAGGGGGUGUUGGCAAGCUCAAGGAGGUCCCUAAAAAGGGCAUUCCUCAGAAGGGGUUACCCACGAAGGGGAUACCUCUAAAGGGAUCGCUGACAAAAGGACCGCUGGAAAAAGGACCGCUAGCAAAAGGGUCGCUGCCAAACGGACCGCUGACAAAGGGGCCACCUCUGAGCAGCCCCGUGAAGGCCCCCAAUGGAGGGGAACCAAGCAGACCAGGAGAUUCACAUGGACGUACGGACACGCAUGCAAUGACAGAUGCACCGACAGGAGCAACGACACUGGGACAUGGAAACAACGUGAUGAUUGGCAUCUCCGAUGCAGCGUGCAGACAGACGGUUGGCCCCCUAUCGACUUCCAAAACGAGUACACUUGUUCGGGACACCCAUUACAUAAAUGCAUUCUCCAGGAUGGACGGAAAUUACAUCGGUAAGGUUACUGGGCCAGCAACACCAAUUGAUUAUUACGAUAAGAAACCUCAGUAUCGUGCUGGAAAAAAAGGCUCGGAGCAGAUGACACAAAGUGAAAGGAUACCAGUUGGUGUGUUUCCCCCGGCAGUCACAUCUGGAGAAGGUCCCUUCAGUGGAAGCUUCAUGCCUGUGUGUUAUUACAACAAUGAUGUGUUUGAAGGUGGGAUGGGGAAUGGCUGCUCAAUGUUUUUCCCUCCGGGCUGGUAUUACGUCCCGAUGGGUAGGUAUCGCGACUCGGUGGGAGGGGGAGCGGUAGGAGUAGGAGCGGCCGUAGGAGUAGGAGCGGCCGUAGGAGUAGGAGCAGCCGUAGGAGUAGGAGCAGCCGUAGGAGUAAGCCAACUGGACGGAGAAGAGCUCACCACAAAGGGGGAACAAAAUGAGAGGAAAAAUGAGAAGACGAAGAAGAGGGACAACGGAGGAGGUAAAAAAACAGGGGGACGAGAAAGAAAGAAAAGUGAUACGCUGGUCGCCGCUGGACAUUUGAAGCCGUUGCAGUUUAGGGAGGGAGUAGAAUGGAAUAGCGACGAUGAGAAGUAUCUCAAUGCAAAUGUGUCCAUGGAGAAGGAGCGGCAGGAGAGGACAAAGAAGAACAGGAGGAAGAGUCGGGACAAGGGGGCCGGCAGCUCCAUUGGGGAUUCCAAGUGGUACGAAAUUGAGCGCCGCCUGAACAACUGCCGGGGGGUCAUCCAGGAGAGCGACUGGGAAGGGGAGGAAGAGGAGGAAGAGGAGGAAGUGGAACGGGAAUACGAUUCAUACGAGCCAUACGAGCAAUAUGGGAAAAACGGAGCGGACCGUGGCUACUACCUCGACAGCAGCGACGGGGACGGCACAAACAGCUGCGAUGAGGACACGAAGUACAUCCACGGGGUGGGAAGUGAGUACCACUACGAGGGGAACACCGAAUGUGGGGAGAGCGAGGGGGAAGCGGGGGAAGAGUACCCAAACGGACGUCGAAGGAAUGACCUCACAAAAGACAGACGUCGGAGGAACCUCCGAGAGAGACACUCCUUGGAAGAAAGCUCCUCCUUCGAUUGCGACGACAUUUAUAAGAAUUACAAAAUAGGGUACCUUCGGGAGCGUCUCAAGUGGGCCAAUGAGUAUCUGCGCAGGGGGGGAAAAAAGGACCCCCCUGAGAAGGACCCACGUAAGAGGAACACCCCUACGAAGGACACCCUUAUGAAGGACACCCUUACGAAGAACACCCACGCGAAGCACAAAGAACGCCUAGACGACAUCGCUCACCUAUUCCUCCCCAAGAACAAGAGGCACGAAAACAUAUUCGAUCUGUCUCUAAAUUUCUCCAAAAUCUCAGAUAGCGACAAAGACGACAUAAUUAGCAUGCUUUUCUCGUGCAGACAGUUGGAGAAGCUAAUUGAAGAACAACACUGCGUGCUUGAUAUGCUGGACAAUGACUUAAGGGAGGUGAACGCAUCGCUGAAGUUGCCACCCACGUGGAAUAACUUCAACCACUUCGAGGUGCUCCAAGAGAGUAUCCUAAAUUCAGAAAACAAUGAAGGGCUACCCCUUAACAACACUCCUUUUUUUAUUAAGGGGAAGGUGGCUUUGAUUCCUAAAAAUUUGGACACCUUCUUCGAGAAACCUUUGGUGGGGGAGAAAGGGUCGGGAGUGGACAAGGGGUGGGAAGUAACGGACGUCCCGAACGCUUCCGGAUCCUCUGCGUAUUCGAAGCCCGUGGGCACCCCCUUGACCAGCAAGUAUAUGCCCAAGUUGGCCAAGGCCAAGGUGAAGCCGAAGGUGUCGCUGUUGUUGAAGAAAGGGGCGUGA